GAUAGACUACGCCUCCCACGAGCCCCUGUGGUCGGUUAUGGAAGUGGGAUUGAAUGUGGGUGAACGAGGAUGGCAUUCAAACGGGAUGGAGAUGACAAGAGCCAGCUUAAUGUGCUGAAGAAAAGGAGGGUCUCGGAUCUCCUGGCUAGUUUUAUACCGGAAGACGAGGCUUUGCUGCUAACGAACGGAAGGUACACGUGUACCGUGUGUGUUCACCGACCAGUUUUUGACACCAUUGAAAUGCUGUCUGUACACCGGAAUGGGAAAAAACAUGUAGCUGGCUUGCAAAGGUUUUACUGGAAGAAAGAAACGUACAAAAAUGAGAUCCAGAAAAGCCAGCAUCAAAAGUUAGGGCAGGCCGAGGAGCAUGGAGAGCAGUCCCCCCGUGGUCCUGCCCCGUUGCUGACGCAGACGAGAAGGAUCACCCAGCAUGCGCUUCUGAAGGCAACACCGUACAACAGCUGCUGCUCUAGAAACAGAUCAGAUGCUGUUGGCAAGAAAGCAAGUAUAUUUGGAGACAGUUCCUCUUCUUUGUUGGUGAACCUCUCACAGAAUGUUCAACAGGGGCCCCUGCAGCAACAUAACUUAAGUGCUCCUUAUGCAACGGCAGAACUGUCUCAGCCUGGGCAGAAUGAAUCCUCGACAGAUGGUGAUUUGGAGAGAAUACCACGGGUCAACAGGGGCAACCGAAAGUUCAGAGUGCAGAGAUCUGUGACUGGGAAUGGUGGCGGUUCUGAAACAGAUAGGGGCAGAGUCCUGGAGCACUACUUGCAACUGAAGAGCUCUGGAUGGAUACCAGAUGGGACGGGGAAAUGGGUAAAGGACCAGAAUGUGGAGUUUGAUUCUGAUGAAGAGGAACCUUCAGUAUUUCCACCUCCGUGAUUGGUGAUUUAUAGAUGUGGAGCUAGAGCAGAACACCCUUUACGCGUUAACUGUGCUGUCGGAAGCAUUUGUGGGAUCCUAUCGGAUGAAGCGUGUGGUGCGGCAAACAUAAAAUCUUUGACAUGAUGUUUGUACUGAAGAUUGGAAGAAUACAGUGGGAUGUGAUGAUUCUUCACUUUUGCAGUAUAUUAUUAUUUCCUGUGAAGUCAAGCCACCUAUUCUUUCUAUAUGUGGAUUUUAGUCUGUUAUGUUAACCCAAUGAUUCCGUAGAUAUAGUGGCCAACGGUAGCAAGUGUUCCAUUUGGAUUUCUUCCAGUGUGUACAUUUAUGAGCUGCUGUGUGUGUGUGUCAUCAGCAAUGAGUGGCUGUCUCUAUGUAUAACUUUGUAUGAUUGUUUAAUAAAAUCUUUAGAGAGA